UUUAAAAUGGUUUGAUGGUUACAAUGCUGCACUCACAGAUACUCUCCCUUCUCAACACAGUAAAGUUAUUUCUGAAUAGAUGAGUAUACUGUAAAGAUUUUCAGACAUAGCAGAUCAUAAUUAAGGCAAAUACCGUUGUAAAUUAAAAAUAUCACAAUUGAAGGAGGAAAAUUAGAUUUUUAACCAUCAGGCAAAUAGCUGUCUUUACAGAUACACAGUAAAAAGAUGUCAGAAGAGCAAACCCCGCAGGCUAAUCUAUUGAAAGGAGAAGGCAUUGCAUUAGUUCAGUCACUCUUAUUUUUCAAGUAUGGCCCUGAUUUUUUGCUACCUUUCCCUGGUAAAAUACAUCCUUUUUAAAAAAAUGUGGCCCAUGAUUAAUGGCACUGAAAGGUGUUGAAGUCCAUCAGAAGCAACAGGGAUAUGCUUCCUCCUGUCAAAUUGCUAGUACCUCCUUAGCCACACGUUUUGCUCAAGAAGCUUUUGGGAAGCAGUACAAACAAACCAUAGGACUUGACUUCUUUUUGAAAAGAAUAACGCUCCCAGGAAAUGUAAAUGUUACCCUUCAAGUAUGGGAUAUUGGAGGCCAAACAAUAGGAGGCAAGAUGCUGGAUAAAUAUGUUUAUGGUGCACAGGUAUGA